CUGUUCAGGAGCCAUCCUCCAGCUGCUCAUAGGGCUACGCACGAAGAUGCCCUGGGCGCUGCGCAUGGUGGAUGCGACUGGCCGUCCUUCUGCCGGCCUGUUGUUCGGUACGACCGGCUCGUACGGUGACUACGACGAGUGCUUGAGUGUGAGGCACGGAUCUGCCACCGGAGGGUUCGCCGGAAAGUACUGCACCCUAUUCUACAGUCUGCCUGCGGAAUACGUGCGCAAGACCACUCUAAGCAUGCAGAAGCAAGGAUACUACCAGGGCCGUCGAGCGCCUGACUACUUCAAGCCGGACGUGGAGAGCUACUACAAAGGGCUAAGGCUGGGACUGUGCGUUCCAUCGGUCUGCUCUGUGAAAGACGUGGAGCGCUUGAUUGGACUCGUGCUGGGUGGCUUCGGUUUCAAAUACCACGUCGCAGGCUGCGACUACGAGGACAACCCUGACCGCAACUGGAACCCCAUCCGAAUCGCCAUGAUCUCAAUCAUCGGAGUCCUGGGACUGCUACUUCUGCUAGGCACUGUCCUGGACUUAGUGCUCCGUCCUGGCAGCAGCCUCCGCUCCGAAGAGUCCCCUUGGAAGUACCUGUUGGCCUUCUCGGCGGUGGAGAACACGCGCAAGCUGCUCAACACCCGGUUCGACGAAGGCUCGGACAACCGGAGGCUGGCCUGCUUCGCCGGGCUCAAGGUCUUCAGCACCACCUGGGUCAUCUUGGGGCACUCGUACUUCAUCGUGGACAUCAGCGCCCUUCGAAGCUACUUCAAGGUUCUCGAAGCCACGGAAGAAGUGUUCUUCACGCUCAUCGUGAACGCCUACCCCAGCAUCGCCACAUUCUUCUUCCUCGGGGGUUUCCUGCUCUCGUACAACGUGCUCAAGAGGAUGAAGAACCUCCGAGGCCAUUACGCCGUUGUCUUCGGGAUCAUGCUGGUUCGCCGUUAUGUGCGGCUCACGGUGCCCGUGAUGUUCAUGGUGGGGGUGAGCGUGCUGCAGACCAAGUGGAUCCGAGGCCCCGCCUACUUCGAGCUCCUGGGUCACAACGAGCAGCGCUGCCGGGAGACCUGGUGGACGGUGCCGCUUCACGUGAACAACUGGCAGCCCUUCCUCAAGAUGUGCCUUCCGUUCUACUGGUACAUCAGCGUUGACUGGCAGCUGUACCUCGUGUUUUGCGCCGUACCCCUCAUCAUGCUCAGGAGGGAGAAGCUGGGGCUGUUUUUGAUGGGUACCGCCACGACUGCUGCCAGUGUGUACGUCGUCAUUCUGACGUACAUGCGGGACUACCAGCCCCUGCCACUGCUGAUGGACACCAAUCAACAGCGACCCUCGGACACGGUGGACUAUGUGUACGUGCGUCCCUUUACGCAUGUAGGCUCCUACUGCUCGGGCCUGCUCUUCGGCUACUUUGUGGUCAAAUUCCCAGAUAUCAAGAUACACAAGGUGACGCAGGUGGCCCUGUGGUUGGUCGCCAGUGCCGUGGCCCUGUGCGUGGUAAUGGUGCCGCACGAGUGGCUGAAGGGAAACUUCCCCAGUCGGAUCGAGGCCGGCAUCUACGCGGGGCUACACCGGAGCGUCUGGGCCGUCUGCCUCGGGUGGCUCGUCUACGCAUGCGUGACCGGACGAGCAGGAUUGCUGAACAGGUUUCUCUCGUGGAAUUUCUUCGUGCCGCUGAGUAGGCUCUCCCUGGGAGCCUAUUUAACCUCCAUCUUCAUCCUGACGAUCAGAGGCACCUACCGCCGCGAAAUCGGCGAAUACUACCACUUCCCAAUGGUGAUGCUGUUCUUGAGCACGACGUUCCUGAGCUACCUGACCGCCUACGUGCUCUUCCUGCUCGUCGAGUGUCCCGUCGGCAACAUCGAGAAGCGGCUGUUCAUGCCCAAAGGCGUCAUGGCUGCCGCCGAGCAGACCGCCAACGGCCACAGCCGUGCCGGCCACGAAAAGCGCUCCAAUGGACACAGCAACGGAGCGUUCAGCGACAUCGUGGAGAAGAUCGACGUGGAGGAUUCGCACGACAAGCCGGUUGUCGUGGCGCGGUUCUGAACGCUUCUCACGGAUCUCGUGCACGGUCGUUUUGAGCCGCAAUCACACUGCCAACACAUCACACAAAAGACAGUCUGCAGGCAUCCGCAGACAUGUUUGAAGCACACAUAUGUAUAAAGCAAACAUAAUGCUUCGAAGACGCUGGAGACAUGUGUCCCCAGGUAAUUCUGCCAUCGUGUCUGCAACGAACACAGUGACAUUUUGUACGAUGUGUGAGCAACUGCGUCGCCUAGGUCUUGCCAACUCUCGUGCUCGAGGUUUGAACCGGAUGACUUGAGAAAGCUCCGAAGGCACGAACCACGAGAACAUGGACGUGGAAGACGCCGCUAACCGCGGCAAGUCUUCGUGGUUCUCAGCGGCACCGAGUGUCGCAACUGAUCGCGAAUGGGACAGUGGCUUCAACGACCCACAACUGAAUGCCAAUGUCGAGGUAUUGUUGUUGUUGUUAUUUUCGGGCCUAAGUUUGGUUACGUUAACUGAUGCAUAUUCUAUCAUCACUUCAUCAAUGGAAGCCGCCUGCUCAUAUGCAUAUGAUUGUUCACGUUUCACCAUUGAGAAAGUGCACUUGGCCGCUCGACGUAUAUAAAGCCGUUGACCUUUCGUGCCUCAUCUGAUCAAAUAAAAAUCAUUUUAAAGUAGAAGCUAA